ACUAGUCUCUCUAUAAUAAUCAUAUAUUACAAUCAACUAAAAAACAUAUUCUUCAAUUCGAACAUUUCUGUCCAGUGAUUUUUUUCAGUUUUAUCGAUGCUGUGAAUUGAUUGGAAGUCUCAUACAACAAACAUUUUUCCAUUAUUCUUGAUUAUAUGCUUCACAACUUAUUAUGUUUUCCAAUUUUUUUGCACAACUGAUUAGUUAAAUCUUCAAUUCAGUUUUAAGACAGGCCAAGGGGUAGCAAUUAUGUCUGAAGAGACUGAGAGUUCGAUAGAUGUUUCUAAGAAUCCUGAAAAUUCGUUCGAUUCUUCGGACAGAUCUUUCGAGGUUAUUACAGAGUCCACCGAACAAAAAAGUCCAGUGAUCCAAAAAACUGAGUCUUUUAUUUCUAACCAUUGCGAAGAUGAAUACCUAAAACUAAUUCCAUCAGUGCUUAAGGAGGCAAAAAAUGCUUCGAGUGAGGACGAAGAAAAAGAAAAUUUCAAUAAAAGUGUUCAGGAGGAAUUAAAACUUGAUGAUCGAACUGAUCGUUCAGAAGGUGAAAGAACAGAGGUAACGGAUCAAAACACUCAAAUCAUAGAUCAAACUCAAAACUUAGGAAACGAAAUUUCGGAGCAAAACGUCUAUAUGACAACAUGCGGCUCAAAUGUCGACGAUAUUAUACCCAAUCCUGAUAGAGAACUGAAAAAAAUUGCCAUGCAAAACAUCUGUCAAUUAGGCUCGAAAGACAUUCAUAACUCUUCUGUCGAACUUGGCGACGGACCAGUUGCAGAUAAAAAUCAAGUCGAAGCUGGUCAUUUUAAAGAAGAGGAAGCAAAAAGGUCCAGUGAAAAGCACAAACCGAAAGCAUCACAACGAAAAAAUGAAGCAAAUGGCGAACUUGACAAUCAUGAAGAUGUAACUUUAAUUCAGCAAAAAGAAAAACUUCCAGAAGCGCAAAUCGACAAUUUGUGUUCUGAUUCUAAGCCCGAAAAUGAAGUAAGCAGCGAAAUGUGUACAUCUUUAAAGCAAGACGCCACAAGUAAAUCGAUCACAGACCUCUCUUUGUUGAGCACAGAUAACAAGCGAUUGAUCCAACGAAAACUGUCGGAAAGAACAGAACUCCAAAUUAGAUGCCAAACUCUGGAAGAACAGAACGAGAGUCUAGUGAAUCAACUCGAAGAGCGAGAAAGAUUCUUGGAAGAUAUUCUAGCAGAUAUUGACGAGUUCAAGGAAAAAUCGAGGUUCGGAAUGUCCGAACUAAGGAUUGAAAAUGUUAAGUUAAAAGAAGUAACCAAAUCUCAAUGGAACAAAUUCUCAAUAGAACGAGACUACUUGUUGAAGGAAAUUGAGUUUUUGAAACAGCGAAUAGAAUAUUUAAAUGAAGAUCUGAAGUUUUACACGGAUAGAUGUGACAUAGACAAUGAUCAAAAAGAUUCUCCUCGCCAAGAAAAAGACGACGAAACUAAACAAGCAAGUUUAUCAGAUCUCAAAAAUGAAAAUGAAAACCUGAAACUUGAAGUGGAGUCCAGUAUUAAUUUGAUAACGGAUUUGGAGAAAAAUAUCGAAAAUAAAAACUUCGAAAUUCAAAAAAUACAAAAACAACUGGAACAGCUCAAAAAAUCAUCGCUAAACAUAAAAAUCAGCGAAACUCAGACCGCAAAAUUCGAUAAAAAUUUUAUAGACCAGGAAAUUCAGACUUUAUCUCAGCCCAAAGAUGUUGAUGAAGAUAUUUGUUUGGACCUAUCAAAAAAUUAUGAACUGCAAUCCGUUCCCGAAGUUUUUAUUACAUCAAUUGAAUGUUCCAUUCAAACCGAUCAAACCGACAGCAAAAAAUUGUCAGCGUUCGGAGCUCAAACAGAGACUGAGUUUGUUGACAAAGUCAUUUACGACUUACUACUUGCAGACUACACAAAAGCGAACGAAGACAACGAAAACUUGCAAAAUAUGGUUGUGGACAAAAUUUGCGAAAUAGACCAAAACAGUUGUUUGUUGGACGCUCUCAACUCACAGUUGUUUGAAAUGACGUCACAAAAUGAACUGAUAAAAAGUGAAAGCUUGAAGACAAUCGAUGAAAAAGACGAACAAAUCAAGAAAGUCGUGAACGAUUUCAACGAGCAAUCAGAAAACAUGCAAAAUGUGGCCGACAGAUUGAAAAAACUCUCGGAAGACAAUCAUUCGAAAGACGAGGAGCUCAGAAUUAAGAUAGCUGAAAUAGGAAGCAUUGAAAAUGAACUUCAGCAAAAAUAUGAUGAAAUUUCUCAUUUAGAACAAGAAAAAUUGAGUGCAUCGAAUGCAUUAAGUAACGCCAAUAUAGAAAUUGAAAAGUUAAAAUUGACUCUUGAAGAAAAAACAUCUCAAUUUUCAGAAUUGGAAAAUAAACAUCGAGAAAACCUGGUUUCAAAGGAAAAAGAGCAUUCACAAAAAACUGAACAGCUGGGAGCUAUUUUGACUACAAUAAAAACCGAAAAUGCGAAAUUGAAAAACAGGAUAUCAGCAUUGGAAACAGAAAGUGAAGUACUACUAGAAUCAAAACAAAAAUUGGAUAACGAUCUGAAAAUAAUCCAUCUAAGUGCUGAAAAACAGAGAUCAGAGUUAGAGAAAUUACUAGAAACAGAAGAAGAUUUGUCAAAAUCUGUUCAGAAGUAUCAAGAAAGUAUCGAAAAGCUGCAGUGUGAACUACGUGAAAAAACUGAAAGUCACGAGGCUAAGUUAAUUGAGGAAAAAACUAGAUUUAACUCCAUCUUGCAAUUCAAACUGGAAGAAAAAGAAAACCAAAUGCUAGAAGUAGUUCAGAUGCUCUUAAGCUCUGAAGAGAGGUUAAAAGAAAUUGAAGACAGCAAGCGUGGAAGUACUCUAACUUCGGAGGAAAAAACUGUGCAAACUAGUGAUUUCAGACAUUUGGUUGCUACUACUGGCAUUCAGACAGAAAUGGUUUGUGGCGAAGUAAACGAAACUCAAACAUCUACCGUGAGUCAUGGCGAAGAAUCAAACAAACGUCCAUCAUUCAGGGAAAUUGAUGUUCAAACAGAGAUGAAUCAAACAAUCGAUGACGAAAUUGAGAAGCUAAGGACGAGUUAUGGCAACCUGGAGGUCGAACUCAACAUGGUCAAGGCGCAGUUUUCUCAAGAGAAGGAAGAUCUCUCUCAAGUGCUUUUUGAAUCGCAACAAGAGUGUGCGCGAUUUCAGACCACCUUGGUGCAGAUGAAAACACAUUACGAGCAGACUGCCAGAAAUGUCAAUGAAACCAAAGAGGCUAAUGAUAAGGUCAAGCCAGCAUCAUCAGGACAUGCCGUGAAUCCAGAGUCAAAGGACAAACUCCAAGAACAAGUAAUCAAUCUGAAACAGAGAAACAGUGAGUUGAGUGACGAGAACAACAAGCUCAAGAGGAAACUCGACACCAAAGUUGAGGUGCUUGAUGAAAUCAACGAAAAAAUAUCGUCCAUAGCAUCUUCAUUGUCAUUAAGAAGACCACGCGUCCAACGCAAACACCAGCGAAACCAGGCCAACUUUCCCACCCACACUCCAACCUCAACUCCAGUGAUCGAUUCCAGAAACCUUUCCCCAGUUAACAUGAGAGGACAUCUAGGUGUGAUUGGAUGUGAUACAAGCUGGCCUACUCUAGGGACCAACCGUACUCUGACAGAGGACACUGGUUUCAGCUCAGAGUACUCUUCUACGCCACAAUUAAACAUGGCACACGACCAACUUAGUGUUCAGAAUCUGAGGAGCUACUUGCAUACCAUCAAGGCUUACUUGGAAGACGUAGGAUGCAACAGUAGCGCCUCAAUCGGAGAAAGAUCUCCAGAACGCAUUUCGAGUCCAAACAGGUCAAGUUCAAUAAACUCUAGUGAUGCCUUCUCCAGAUCUGAAACGCCCAGCGGAAACGUAGCAGCAGCUCUAGCGAGAAAGGAACACGAGAUACAAAACCUUAAGAAGCAGUUAGACGAAAGGGACGAAUACAUUUCCCAGAGAAGAUUUCAAAGACAACCUUCAACUGACAGGGCAUCCAUGCAAAAGAUUCUGGAUGAAAAUUCUUUUCUCAAGACCAAACUCGAUGAGCUUAAUAGUGUUGGGCUUGAAAGCGAAGCAAAAGCACAACAACUAGCGAAACAUCUAGAAGAAAAAUAUCAGAGCGACAUGACAGCCCUGGGCGAGCUUCAGACAAAAGUAGUGUCAGUGGCUAACCUAAAACAGAAAGAAAUAGUAGAGUUGGAACAAUCGCUUCAAAAAGUAUUACAUGAAAACAACUUCUUAAAGGACGAACUGCGGCGAAUGCAUCAAAAACUGCUGACCAAACGAACACAAUCUACUUCUCUUCUACAUCAAGGAGAUCAACCAGACCUCGAUAAUAACCCAGUAGCUUUCAUAACUCAGUUGAGAAAUUUGUACAAUAAAUCACCUUGAAGUACCAUUUUUAUAAUGCAUUUUCUACACAGGCGAAUCAACUUCAUUUUGAGGGAAACAAUGUCAAGAAAG